AUGAACGACUUUGACGAGUGCGGCCCGAGCGCAGCCAGCAUGUACCUGCCCGGCUGCGCCUACUAUGUGGCCCCGUCGGACUUCGCCAGCAAGCCGUCGUUCCUGUCGCAACCGUCGUCCUGCCAGAUGACUUUCCCCUACUCUUCCAACCUGGCGCCACACGUCCAGCCCGUGCGCGAAGUGGCCUUCCGCGACUACGGCCUGGAGCGCGCCAAGUGGUCAUACCGCGGCGGCGGCGGCGGCGGCGGCGCAGGGGGCGGCGGCGGCGGGGGCGGCCCCGGCGGGGGCGGCAGUGGCGGCGCCGGGGGCUACGCUCCCUACUACGCGGCUGCUGCUGCGGCGGCGGCGGCGGCGGCGGCGGCCGAGGAGGCGGCCAUGCAGCGCGAGCUGCUCCCGCCCGCGGGCCGCCGGCCGGACGUGCUCUUCAAGGCGCCCGAGCCGGUGUGCGCCGCGCCCGGGCCGCCGCACGGCCCUGCGGGCGCCGCCUCCAACUUCUACAGCGCCGUGGGCCGCAACGGCAUCCUGCCGCAGGGCUUCGAUCAGUUCUACGAGGCUGCGCCCGGGCCCCCGUUCGCCGGGCCGCAGCCCCCUCCGCCGCCCGCGCCGCCGCAGCCCGAGGGCGCCGCCGACAAGAGCGACCCCAAGACGGCGGCCAGUGGCGGCGGGGGAAGUCCCUGCGCCAAGACGACCCCCGGCUCGGAGCCCAAGGGGGCGGCAGAAGGCGGCGACGGCGAGGUGCCCCCGGGGGAGGCGGGGGCUGAGAAGAGCGGAGGCACAGUGGCCCCCCAGCGGUCUCGGAAAAAGCGCUGUCCCUACACCAAGUACCAGAUCCGCGAACUGGAACGCGAGUUUUUCUUUAACGUGUACAUAAACAAAGAGAAAAGACUCCAACUCUCUCGGAUGCUCAACCUUACUGACCGGCAAGUCAAAAUCUGGUUCCAGAAUCGCAGGAUGAAAGAAAAGAAACUGAACAGAGACCGUCUGCAGUAUUUCACUGGAAACCCCUUAUUUUGA